AUGGAUGAAACAAGUGCUAAUGAAUUUGAUGUAACGGAACCUAUUAAGGAACCCUCAAUAAAAGAAGGCACAGGAUCCUCGCUCUCUACUAAAGCAAACAGUGAAAUCACUUCAAAAGAAUCUAUUUUAAAGCAAACGUUAAAGGAACUAAACCCCUUUCAUCUGCCACAUGAAUUUAGAUCACUGCCUAGAACUUUCGACGCAGAGGAUUUCCAAUUUCCUGCUUCUUACAGAGAGAAUACAAAUAAAGAAGAUUGUCUACUCGCCUAUGCCGACAAUUUUAAGCGACAAUAUAGCAAGCGCUUUCCUCAACGCACUCCACUCUUCUUGGCACCUAGAAAUGAACUGGAUGUGCGAAAAUUCGUCUGCACCACCAUUCGACCUACAAAACUACCCUUUGCUGCGCUCCAUGACGCAUCUGGUGUGGCUUCCUUCAUCGCAGAUUUCCUCCAAAUAUCCCCUCUUCUCCCUUGCAACGAGCUUCCUCAACGUCUAAUGAGCCCUAGCACGACUCUCUCAUUACAAGCUGGAACCUGUUUCGAUUACUCUACUCUAAUCUGUUCCCUUCUUAUUGGUGUAGGCUACAACGCAUAUGUUGUUAGUGGAUAUGCUACUAGAGAGUGUUGCUUGAAGGACGAGUCUAGAAAAGAAUGUCCAAUUCUCAUUGAAAAGCCUAAAGAAGUGGAAAUGUACGAUCCCCCUCCAGUGAGAAAGUACCAGGUCAAAUCCAUGAAAGAUUUUGUUUCCAAGUAUGAAAUGUCAAUGAAGAUGAGAGAAUUGAUUGAGUCAAAAGAAGCAGAAGAAAAGAGAAAGAAGGAGGAGAAAGAGCAGAGAGAUAAGGCUGAAGAACCCUUUCCAGAUCCUCUCUAUGGCCUACGAGUUCAUUCAUGGAUUUUAAUUCUACCCGGGAGUCGAGAUGUCAAAGAAGCCUUUUUUAUAGAACCAUUUACCGGAGAAAUGGUUGCACUUAAAACAAACAUGUACUUGGGCAUAGAAGCCGCCUGGAAUGAUAAAAAUUUCUGGGUUAACUUGCAAGAUUGCACAAAUGGAAUUGGUAAUAUGCGAUAUGAUUUAAAUAAACUGGAGGAUUGGGAAUUCCUGCUUCCUUUUGAAUUUAUGACCGAGGAACAAAUUUCUAAAUUGGAUGAUAGAGUUCCACUUGUAGAAAGUCCUGUUUCGUGGACUCUUCCAAUAUCUCUUACUAAUGUUCAGUACGACCAACGUUACCCUAAUUAUCAGAAAAGUGUAAUAUAUAACCGAGUCAGGUUAACGAAAUAUUCACCGUAUUCUCAAAAGGCCAAUUUAAUUACCAAGAUAACAAUCUUCAAUGACAGAGAUCUUAAAGAUCCCAUUGAAGAAAGAGAAUAUUUUGAUCGUAGGAAAGAUAGACUAUUAUCGAGAAUAACAGAUUUGAAAAGGGGUUGGAUAAAAGAGUCAUUUGAUCAUGGAAGAAUGAACGAUCAGCUGAAGGGACAUUCUUAUCUAAUAGAUGGUCACGAAGUAGAUGAUACAAGAAUAAUGGAAUUCUACCCGAAAUUAAGGAUAGAUGGACUGGCAAAACACGAACGAGACGGACCCAUAAUGAAAGAAUGGUACGAGAAUAGGGAUGAUCGUCUAAUCUAUCGAGAAACGCGUUUUGGACGAACGGUUAGGAAGUAUGGACCUCCAGUAAUAAUCCAGAGCGGAUCUCAACGAGAAUCAGUCAAUGAGUCAAGAACCACAAAAACAAGUUAUAAAGAGAUUGAGAUCAUUAAAGAACGCUUCUCAAGGAAUCCUGACAUUCCAGCCGAUGAGGAUGUUGAAGAGCGAUUUUUUGACAUAAUUGGAGGAAAAUAUCACUUGAAAUACCAUAUCGCUGAUGAUUUUAUUUUUCCUUGCCGUAGAGAAUUUAAUAAGCCAAUUUUGACUGAUGAUGUGAGACAAAUAAUCGAGCUUCAAUCGGACACACAUACUGUAUUUCAUCCAAAGUUGAAUCCACCGCACAAAACUAAAGCGGAAAUCUACCAGAUGCUACUAGAUCUAAUAAAGUUAGAAAAGAAUGCCAAAGAAUCCGCGAGGGCGUCAGAGGCUGAAGCAAAAUGCAUUCUCAGCUUAAGAGCGUCUGAGGAAUCGUACCCAGAACUGGAAGUAGGGCUAUGGGACACGUUAAGAAAUGAAGAAAUGCACAAGUUGAGAAUAGAGCUGGAAAAACAUGCAAAAAUGGAACUCAAGCACAAAAAGGAGACGGAAUUAGAUUACCUCACUCCAUACUUGGAUAUGCUUGAUUUAGAUGGCGAUAAUUUAACUGCUGAGGAUGCUAAAGUGCUUUGCAACGCAUGUGAAGAUGACUUACAACAACGUCUGUCUAGGCAGGGAGCCAAACUUCAAGCUAGAUAUGAUGCUGAAAAGAACGAUUUUCAAGAAAAACGAAAAGCAAUUGAGUUGAAUCAAGCGGAUCUCACUAAAGAUGAGGAGGCAGAAUAUUUGAAAUACUGCCAUGAUACUUUGAUACGACUAAGCACACUGGAGGACUUGAUCAAAGUUCAUACAGAAACCACCCCUGAAAAACUCUCGUCACUCCAACACAAACUUCGAUCAGAUCCACGCCUGGCUCGUGUAUUUGAGAACACUAUUCAAGAGCAAGUUGGCAUCUAA